UGCGCGCUGACGUCCGACGCUCCAGGUACUUUCCCCACGGCCGACCGGGCUUGGCGUGGGGGCGGGGCGCGGCGCGCAGAGCGCAUGCGCCGCAGACCAGCGCGCUCCCCGGAUCGUGCGGGGCCUGAGCCUCUCCGCCGGCGCAGGCUCUGCUCGCGCCAGCUCGCUCCCGCAGCCAUGCCCACCAGCAUCGAGCGGGAGUUCGAAGAGUUGGAUACUCAGCGUCGCUGGCAGCCGCUGUACUUGGAAAUUCGAAAUGAGUCCCAUGACUAUCCUCAUAGAGUGGCCAAGUUUCCAGAAAACAGAAAUCGAAACAGAUACAGAGAUGUAAGCCCAUAUGAUCACAGUCGUGUUAAACUGCAAAAUGCUGAGAAUGAUUAUAUUAAUGCCAGUUUAGUUGACAUAGAAGAGGCACAAAGGAGUUACAUCUUAACACAGGGUCCACUUCCUAACACAUGCUGCCAUUUCUGGCUUAUGGUUUGGCAGCAGAAGACCAAAGCAGUUGUCAUGCUGAACCGCAUUGUGGAGAAAGAAUCGGUUAAGUGUGCACAGUACUGGCCAACAGAUGACCAAGAGAUGCUGUUUAAAGAAACAGGAUUCAGUGUGAAGCUCUUAUCAGAAGAUGUGAAGUCGUAUUAUACAGUACAUCUACUGCAAUUAGAAAAUAUCAAUUAUAUUGAGAACUUGUGGAUCACACUGUAUUUGAAAUUAUUAAUGCUGGAUGUUAAAAGGUCACUAAAAAGUGGUGAAACCAGAACAAUAUCUCACUUUCAUUAUACUACCUGGCCAGAUUUUGGAGUCCCUGAAUCACCAGCUUCAUUUCUCAAUUUCUUGUUUAAAGUGAGAGAAUCUGGCUCCUUGAACCCUGACCAUGGGCCUGCGGUGAUCCACUGUAGUGCAGGCAUUGGGCGCUCUGGCACCUUCUCUCUGGUAGACACUUGUCUUGUUUUGAUGGAAAAAGGAGAUGAUAUUAACAUUAAACAAGUGUUACUGAACAUGAGAAAAUACCGAAUGGGUCUUAUUCAGACCCCAGAUCAACUGAGAUUCUCAUACAUGGCUAUAAUAGAAGGAGCAAAAUGUAUAAAGGGAGAUUCUGGUAUACAGAAACGAUGGAAAGAACUUUCUAAGGAAGACUUAUCUCCUGCCUUUGAUCAUUCACCAAACAAAAUAAUGACUGAAAAAUACAAUGGGAACAGAAUAGGUUUAGAAGAAGAAAAACUGACAGGUGACCGAUGUACAGGACUUUCCUCUAAAAUGCAAGAUACGAUGGAGGAGAACAGUGAGAGUGCUCUACGGAAACGUAUUCGAGAGGACAGAAAGGCCACCACAGCUCAGAAGGUGCAGCAGAUGAAACAGAGGCUAAAUGAGAAUGAACGAAAAAGAAAAAGGUGGUUAUAUUGGCAACCUAUUCUCACUAAGAUGGGGUUUGUGUCAGUCAUUUUGGUUGGCGCUUUUGUUGGCUGGACACUGUUUUUUCAGCAAAAUGCCCUAUAAACAAUUAAUUUUGCCCAGCAAACUUCUGCACUAGUAGCUGACAGUGCUACAUUAAUCAUAGGGGUUUGUCUGCAGCAAACGCCUCAUAUCCCAAAAGCGGUGCAGUAGAAUAGACAUCAACCAGAUAAGUGAUAUUUACAGUCACAAGCCCAACAUCUCAGGACUCUUGACUGCAGGUUCCUCUGAACCCCAAACUGUAAAUGGCUGUCUAAAAUAAAGACAUUCAUGUUUGUUAAAAACUGGUAAAUUUUGCAACUGUAUUCAUACAUGUCAAACACAGUAUUUCACCUGACCAACAUUGAGAAAUCCUUUAUCACAGGAUUUGUUUUUGGAGGCUAUCUGGAUUUUAACCUGCACUUGAUAUAAGCAAUAAAUAUUGUGGUUUUAUCUACGUUAUUGGAAAGAAAAUGACAUUUAAAUAAUGUGUGUAAUGUAUAAUGUACUGUUGACACGGGCAUCAACACUUUCUAUUCUUCAGCAUUUCAGGGUAAAUAUAUUUUAUAAGUAUUUAAUCUUUUGUAGUUAACUGUACUUUUUAAGAGCUCAAUUUGAAAAAUCUGUUACAUAAAAAAUAAAUUGUAUGUCGAUUCAAUUGUACUGGAUACAUUUUCCAUUUUUCUAAAGAGAAGUUUGAUAUGAGCAGUUAGAAGUCAGAAUAAGCAAUUUCUACUAUAUAUUGCAUUUCUUUUAUGUUUUACAGUUUUCCCCAUUUUAAAAAGAAAAGCAAACAAAGAAACAAAAGUUUUUCCUAAAAAUAUCUUUGAAGGAAAAUUCUCCUUACUGGGAUAGCCAGGUAACAGUUGGUCAAGACUUUGUAAAGAAAUUGAUUUCUGUAAAUCCCAUUAUUAAUAUGUUCAUUUUUCAUGAAAAUUUCAAUGUAGUUGGGGUAGAUUAUGAUUUAGGAAGCAAAAGUAAGAAGCAGCAUUUUAUGAUUCAUGAUUGCAGUUUACUAGACUGAAGUUUUGAAGUAAACACUUUUCAGGUUCUUUCUACUUCAAUAAAUAGUAUGAUUAUAUGCAAACCUUACAUUGUCAUUUUAACUUCUUAAUGAGUAUUUUUUAAAGCAAACUGUAUAAUGAAUUUAACUGCUCAUUUGAGUGCUAGCUUUCCUCAGAUUUCAACAUUCCAUUCAGUGUUUAAUUUGUCUUACUUAAACUUGAAAUUGUUGUUAUAAAUUUAAUUGCUAGGAGGCAUGGAUAGCAUACGUUAUUGUGGAUAGCAUACCUUAUUUCAGUGGUUUUCAAACUAUGCUCAUUGGAUGUCCAGGUGGGUCAUCAAGAGGUUACUUUCAACCACAGCAUCUCUGCCUUGUCUCUUUAUAUGCCACAUAAGAUUUCUGCAUAAGGCUUAAGUAUUUUAAAGGGGGCAGUUAUCAUUUAAAAACAGUUUGGUCGGGCGCGGUGGCUCACGCCUGUAAUCCCAGCACUUCGGGAGGCCAAGGCGGACGGAUCACGAGGUCAAGAGAUCGAGACUGUCCUGGCCAACGUGGUGAAACCCCUUCUUUACUAAAAAUACAAAAAUUCGCUGGGCAUGUAGUCCCAGCUCCUUGGGAGGCUAAGGCAGGAGAAUCACUUGAACCUGGGAGGCAGAGGUUGCAGUGAGCCGAGAUUGCGCCACUGUACUCCAGCCUGGCAACAGACCAAGACUUCAUCUCAAAAAAAAAAAAAAAAAAAGUUUGAAAACCAUUGGUAUAGAUAGAUAUUUUGAAUUGAUUUGCAUAGUCUCCUUGAAUGUGUUAAAUUAUGUUGAAAGUAUGAAAGCAGGAUGUAGGUGGUACUACAUAUUAAAUAAGAUUUAUAUAACGUG